AGGUGGUUAUUUCCUUUUCUGAAAAAGAAAAGAAAUAUAUGCAUACAUAAAACUGGAAAUACAUGAUGGAACACUGGCGCUCCCUGAUCAUUGUGUCCCUACUUGGUCUAUUGUUGAAAAUGUGUGGAUCAGUGAUUGUAUCUGAUUCAAAACCCAAUGUGCUACUGAUUUUAGCAGAUGAUCUAGGUUUGGGUGACCUAGGUUGCUUUGGCAAUGUUACACUUAGGACUCCUAAUAUUGAUCGCCUUUGCAAAGAAGGUAUAAAACUCACUCAGAAUAUUGCUGCAGAGUCAAUGUGUAGUCCCAGCAGAUCAGCUUUCCUCACAGGCAGAUAUCCAGUUCGAACAGGGAUGGUCUCUAGAACUGUUUCACGUAAGCAUAGUGUCUUUAAUUCACUUGGGGUCAGUGGAGGACUCCCUCGGAAUGAAACCACUUUUGCAGCCACCCUGAAGAAGUAUGGUUACAGCACAGGACUAAUAGGUAAAUGGCAUCAAGGUCUAAAUUGUAAAUACCGAAAUGACUACUGCCAUCAUCCUAAUCACUAUGGCUUUGAUUAUUUCUACGGUACGCCACAUACACUCACUGGGAGUUGUUGGCCAGAUCCUUCACGUGACACAGAAUUAGCUAUAGCAAAUAAACUUUGGUUCUGCAUUGAGCUAAUCAUCAUUGCUGUGCUUACACUGACUGUGGGAAAACUAAUUCGUUUGAUCUCCAUCCCCUGGUUGUUUAUUAUUUGCAUUAUUUUAUUUGGCAUCCUUCUGGCCUUUUCUUGGUUUUCCAGUUUUGAUACUUCUCUGUACUGGAAUUGCAUUCUCAUGAGACAACAGGAAAUUGUAGAACAACCUAUGAAGGCUGAAAGAGCUGGCUUAAUUAUGCUAAAGGAGGCAGUCUCUUUUAUCAAAAGAAACAAAGAUAGACCUUUCCUCCUGUUUUAUUCCUUUUUGCAUGUCCAUAUACCUCUUCCCACAACAAAUGAGUUUAUUGGCAUUAGCAAGAAUCACCUUUAUGGAGACAAUGUAGAAGAGAUGGACUUUCUGGUGGGCAAAAUUCUUGAUGCCAUUGAUGCAAAUGGAUUGCGAAACAACACAAUUGUCUACUUCACCUCAGACCAUGGAGGACAUCUGGAGAUCAUGAAGGGAAAGAUUCAUACAGGGGGCUUCAAUGGAAUAUAUAAAGGUGGAAAAGGAAUGGCAGGUUGGGAAGGUGGAAUUCGAGUCCCAGGUAUUAUUAGGUGGCCAGGAGUGUUGCCAGCUGGAAAAGUUAUCAAGGAACCUACAAGUUUGAUGGAUAUUUACCCAACUCUAGCUGCACUAGUAGGAGCACCUUUACCUCAGGAUAGAGUGAUUGAUGGACAAGAUUUAAUGCCCUUAUUGAAGGGAGAAACUCAACACUCAGAGCAUGAAUUCAUGUACCACUACUGUGGGCCAUUUUUACAUGCCAUGCGGUGGAAACCAAAGAACAGUGAUGCUGUUUGGAAGAUCCAUUAUGUGACUCCAGUUUUCCAGCCCAAAGGAGCAAUAGGUUGCUUUGAUAAAUUAUUUUGUCAAUGUGUAGGAGAAAAUGUUACACUUCAUGAUCCACCUUUGUUGUUUGACCUCUCAAAAGAUCCUUCUGAAUCUAAGCCCCUUUCCCAAGACACUGAGCCUUUCUAUAAUACAGUAAUAGAGACAGCAAAAAAGGCAUUAAAGAACCAUCAAAAGACACUCACAAGUGUCCCAGAACAGCUUACUUUGUAUAACACGGAUUUACUAUGGCUGAGGCCAUGCUGUGGUAUUUUCCCAUUCUGUCUCUGUGAUAAGGAAGUUGGAAAUUAUACUAUGUAAUUAUAACUAAACAUAAAAUAACAUGCUUACCAUUAAAAACAGUUUCUUUCUAAAUGCUAAUGAUUAAUGAUUAGUCUUCCAGUAAAGUGAUGGUUUAAUCAAUAGCUUCAAAAUUCAGGAACAACAUGAUAUAAUGGACAAAGUGUCCAAUAUGAGUUAAGAGACUGAGUUCCCCUUUCUUGACUGCCAUUAACUACAAAUAUGGUGUUGGUCAUGUAUCUCAACCUCUCUGAGCCUCAGUUUCUACAUCUAUAAAAUCAACACAUUAAACUGCCAGGAACCUUCUAAAUUAAAAUCAAUGAUCUCAUGAUAAUAUGACUUUCUGUUCACUCAUUGAUAUUUUUGGAUCCCACCAGUGAAUAGUUAUUAGACUUUUUAUUUUGCUUUCUUAAAAAUGUGAUGAAUUCAGAAGGUAUAAGAAUUUCUAGGGUGUGUGUGAAUAAUUAUUAGAUUUUUUUAUUUUGCUUUCUUAAAAAUGUGAUGCAUUCAAAAGGUCUAAGAAUUUCUAGGGUAUGUAUGUGUCUCCUAUGCAGACUACUCAUUGAUGGAGUAUUGUAGAAAGUUUUAAGAAGAUAAAUAAGAGUAAAAGCAAUGAAGAAAGAGUCAAUCAAUGAGCAAGGCACAAACACUAUUACUACAAAAUAUUUAAAGGAAUCACAGAAAAUCAACACCACUCCAAGUCAUCUUCCAAAUGACUGAGUGCUAUUUUCCCCCAAAAGAUCUCCAAUAAAUGCAAUGCAAAAUUGGUCUUAGAAAAAUAUAGCCAUUCCCAAGCAAUGUUAGGAAAUAGUGGUGUUGCUAACAAACUGAGAUGUCAUGUCAAAAGGUACUUUACAUAAAUAUCCAUUUGUGGGACAAUUUUAAAUUUAUGAACAUAUUUUACCAUGGGCAAAGGGAUUUUCUUUCUGCCAAGUGAAAGCAUGAAAGAGUUAUUUAUAUCUACUGAGAAUAGAAAGAAUAAAGAGUAUAGACUAAA